AUGGAUACUUCAAAACAAACCAAUAAAACCUCAAUGAAUCCUCUACCUACUUCCUUUACAACUUCCGAGCCUAUUAACUACCAAGAGCAAAAUCGAAGACAAUUAAUUAUGAACUCAAUGGAGAAUAUGGAUUAUCUUUUAAUGAUUGCCUCCCAACAAAACAAGUCUGUUGAACAAGUGAAAUACGAAUUAAAACUAAAACUCAUAUACGGGGGAUAA